UAUUGUACACUAAAGUGAAAAGUUUUACAGUGAAAAAAAUUCAAACAUUUUACUUGUUUUGUAAAACUCAUAAAUCUUAACUCAUAAACGAAAACCAAAAUGGUUUGUGAAAAGUGUGAAAAAAAAUUAGGUAAGGUCAUUACUCCAGAUCCUUGGAAAGUAGGAGCCCGUAAUACUACAGAAGGUGGUGGCCGUAAAGUAGGAGAAAACAAGGCUCUAUCAGCAGCCAGCAAAGCCAGAUUUAAUCCUUACACAUCCAAAUUUGAAACAUGCAAAAUAUGUAGGCAGAAGGUUCAUCAGCCAGGAUCACAUUAUUGUCAAUCUUGUGCUUACAAAAAAGCAAUAUGUGCCAUGUGUGGUAAAAAACUGAUGAGUACAAAAAACUAUCGCCAAUCAGCAACUUAAAUGUAAUGUAUUAUUUGUAUACUUUAGGAUUAUUAAUUCAAUAUUUCUUGAAACUUCUUUCUUCAUAGUAAAUAUAAGAAAAAACUUAUAUUACUUCUUAACAUACCAACAUUUAUGUAAAAUUUAACUUUUAUCUGAUGAAUAAGAGCUUUGUGUCCUCAGCAUUCAAUUAAUCUAUUCUGCUAUGUAUUAAGAUUCUAGUUUUUUUUGGAAGUUUCAUUAGUUGUACCAUUUGUAUAUAAUCAUGUAAAAAAAAAUUGGCCCAAAAAUCAAAAAAGCCUUGAGAUGUAUCAUAAUUGUAGAUUUAAGAGAUAUCUUAAAUGAUUCAAUGAUAAUUGAUAUUUAUUGUGUAAAUAAACGUUUAACAAAAACCUAAAUAAAAUGAUGUAAAAUUUA